AUGUCAAGACAAUUGGGUAAAGGUGCCGGUGGUGGUGUUGACUCCAAAACAUACAGAAAAUUGAAGAAGAAACAAUCAAGACAAAUAAGAACAGAGAUUAAUGAUCCAGCGCUUAAUAAAGACGGUGUGUUGAAUGUUAAUGAUUUCCUUAAAUCAAGAAGAUAUGAAAUCAAUGAAUUAGAAAAGGCUCAAUUGAAUUCAAAAUUCUCUUCAUCAAGUAGAACUUUUCAAAGCUUACCAAGGAAAUUAAGAAGAAGAACUGCAUCGCAUAAUGUUAAAAGAAUACCCAAACGUAUGAGAAAUAGAGCUAUUAGAGAAAUGGCAAAUGAAACUAGUGGUAUUAAGAAAAAACCAUUAAAGGGUAAACAGUUGUACAGAGCUAGAACUUUGAGAAAUCUUUUAAAGUUAGCCGCUAGAGCUAAUUUAAUGAGACUUGUACCUGUUGACAAAAGACUAUCAGCUGGUCGUUUAAGAAUAAGGCAAAGAAUUAAGACUUUAAAUGAACAAUUACAAAAUAGUAAAGAUUCUGAAAAAUUCAUCAAGAUUAAUAAUAAUAUUGGUUCAUAUGACGUAUCAGCAUUAAACCAAUUAGCAUCACCACCAAUUGGUAAAAUUAAAUAUAUGAAAAGACAAAGAAAGUUUACAUGGUUAUCAACCCAUGUCUGGCAUUCAAAAAGAUCACAUCUAGUUAAAAGAUGGGGGUUCCAAAUUCCUUUGAAACCAACUCAAAAAUCAUUUAGAUUAUCACAUAGAAAUUUCAAUUUAACUGGGGCUAUAAUUUGGGAUAAGAGUUAUAUUAAUACAAUGAUUAUUCAAAGUGAUAACAUCCAAUCAAUUGCUGAUACAUUAUCAAGUCUAACAAAUGGUAAAGCUAUAGGUAAGAGAUAUUUGCAAAAUGGUGGUAUAUAUGAUGGAUUAAUUUAUAAAAAUGAUGAAAUAAUAGGUACUGGUACUACUAUUUUUUUCAAAAGUUCUGACGAAGAAACAAAAAGAUUAAUUGUUAGACUUCAUCCAGCUAUAUAUCAAUCAGUUUUUGAUCAUUUAUUAUCAAUCAAAACAGAAGAUGUUGAGAUAAUUGACACAAGAUAUGCUAUUGGAAGUAUUGAUGUUGGUGGUCCAAUCGCUUUAUCAACAUUGGGUACCAUUUUGAAACCAGCUAAUAAAUCAUCAGAAGAAUCAAAACUUUUCGGUAAACUAUGCACAGAAAAUACUCUGCCAGAUAAUACAGUCUUUACAUAUCAAGCUAUUGACCCAAGAUUGGCAAAUAGAAAUAAACCAAGACCAAAUAAAUCAACUAAUAUCAUUGAUACAUUGAUUGAUAUGAAAGUUACAAAAGCAAAUAUCAAUACCAAAAUUGUUGAUAAUCUAUUAACAUCUCAAGGAAGAACAAAUUCAUAUGAAAAUCAGUUAUCAUUAAAGCAAAUUGCUGCUCAAAAGAAUAUUCAAUCUUCAAAUGAAUCAAAAGAUGUUACAAGCUUCCCAGUAAUCAUUUACAAAACAAAUAAUAACAUCUGGACUGUAUUAUUACCAUGGUAUUGGGUCUUACCAGUAUGGCAUGCAAUGAAUCAUAUUGCUCAUAUGAAUCAUGGUGGUAUUUUACAAUCACAUCAAUUGAAUUUCGAACAAAAUAAAUUAUUUUUCCCAGACGAUUAUCCAUUUACAUCUGCUGGUUUUGUUGAUCAUUUGAUAGCUGCAAAAGAGAAAGAAGAAAAAUGGGAAAAGAAACCAAUUGCUAAAAAAAUUAAUUAUGAUAAGCUUAAAAUUCGUAAUGAUGAUUAUGAAAAGGGUGAAAUUGGUAAUCCAUUUACUGCUGAUUGGAGAUAUUUACAACUAUUGAAAUUUGGAUUAAAUCAAGUGAAGAGUGAUAAGAAUACAAGAACUUCUGCUUGGACUGAAAAAUUCACUAGAAAAAUCGAAGAACCUCAUGAUGUUUAUAACUUUAUCAAAGAUGUUAAAAACACUGAUAAAGAAUCAGACUCCCGUGGUGAAAAAUUAACGAUCCCAGUUCAAUUAUAUGACCCAAAGAAAGUACCAGGUCCACCUUCAUCUCCUGAUGAUCCAUUAUCAAUUUCACCAAUCAAAAUUGAAUUAGUUUCAAGAGGUUUUACAUCUGAUAAUGCUAGAAUUUAUUCCAUCCCAGAACCAGAGUUAAACAAAUGGAUCAAAUCAACAAAUACUAAAAGACCAACAGGUAAAAAACAACAUGAAUACCCAGAAGUUCCAACUUCUAAAAAUUUGAUUGGUUUCAUUACAAGUGGUUCAUAUAAUUUAUCAAGAGGUUUAAACACUGGUGUUGGUUAUAUUGAUGCAACUUAUUUGAAAAAAGUGACUAGUGGUCAAAAACAACAAAAGAAGUACUGUGUCAUUCGAAAUGUUGGUACUGAUUUUGGUAGACUAGCCUCUUGGGAAUCAAUUGAUAUUUAA